AUGUCAGCUCAGUUUUGUCAUAAUCACGGAGUAGCUUUCCUGCUUAUUGUCGUUGUGAGCAUCACAACUGCCGCGUCAGCGUCGCUGGAUGGAAAGAAACUGCAGACAGUGAAGGCGAGAAGAAAGCGUACGCUGAUCACGGAGCACGAUUCCUUACAGUACGUGAGAGAACUCUGCCAGUGGAGUGAGGUCCUGGACGGUGGCUGGAAGCGAGCAAAGCAUCGGAAGCGUGACGACACCACAUCAAGUCCACAACCGCAGCAUGGCGAGGCUUGCAGUCCCUGUCAAUGGAUAGGUCGUACUCUGACAGGCCAGUGUGAAGAGCAGUGUUCUUGCACAAUACAGGGGACAUGGCGAUGCUGUCGCAUGCGCAAAGAGUUCUCACUGAUGAGCGAUGCCGAAGCGCGGCGCUACAUCAACACAUACCUAACGUUGACCACCGUCUCGCCACACAAGGAAGCAUACGAUGCCAUGGUGGCGAAGCAUGAACGUCUCUUCAGCCACGCCAUUCACCACUGGCCGCAGUUCUGGCCCUGGCACCGCUACUUCACGCUCAAGUUCGAGAACAUGCUGAAGAGAAUCGACUGUCGCGUGACCCUGCCAUACUGGGACUUCACACGGCACUGGCGUAAGCCGUGGGACGGCCCGAUGUGGAGUGACAGUCGUCUGGGCGGGUCCGGACUCAAAGCAGCCAACUUCUGCGUCACGACCGGCCCGUUUGCGAUGGGAAAGUGGAACGUUACGCCCUCGGCUGGUGGUGGAUGUUUGAAGCGUGAGUUUGACCAGUACCGCUACGGCAUAAGUCCUCGAGUACUGACCCUGGGACAGUAUGCCUACGAGAAGCCAAGUCAAGUACGCUGGUACGAGAAGAUCAUCAGCGUCUACAUGCAUAGCUGGGUGCACGUCACUCUCGGGGGCAUCAUGGCCACGCACAAGUCGGCCAAUGAGCCUGCGUUCUGGAUGCUGCACAGCUUUGCGGACAAGCUCUGGGGAAACUGGCAGCAGCGCGGUGCACACUUCCUUUACGAACCGUACGUCCGGAUGAGGACUCGGCUCAGUGAUCAAGAGGAUGAUGAUACGUUCACUGUUGCGGACAUGGUGGAUCUUUCCGACCUGCCCUCGGCCGGGGCACCCACGGGCGGGCCUCGCACCGCAAUCUGUUACGACGGCGAGAUGAGUGUGGAGACGGCGUACGACCAAGCUAGCCUGCAUGCACUGCCUGUACCGCGCGACUACGCACAUGAGUACAGCCCGCACCGAUCCCUGCCCAGACUCCUACAUAGCAUCCUGCGAGACACGGGCGAGCGGGCUCAGUUCGAAAAGAUGCAGAAAGAUCCGUUCCAGGCCGGCUUUGAAGUGUUUUGAAUUGUUGCUAAGCAGCCAGCCCCACUGCUACAGCGCCUGCAAGAACACACAGUUAAUCUGACAAAUCUCAGAUUCAGUACUUGUAAGAGAAUAUACAGUUAUGAUCUGUGUCAUCUUUUUGACAUAGAGAGUUUGCGCUUCACAUUUUUUUUAAAUUUCGAACGUGAGAUCCCAUGGCAAAAAAUGGCGCUCUUCGCGUUGCAACGUGAGAUUUCAAUUGGACAGAGGGCCAACUCACGGUGAAAAAUGCGAGUCAACACCGUUUUUUUCUCACGUUCGAAAUUGAAAAACCGUGAAGCGCAAACUCUCAUUUUUUGAAGUCAGAGUACGCACAGUAUGAAAUACACGAUUUUUUGAGUUGAGAACGACCUUUGCAGUGACAUGGAUAUCCAUGCAACGCAUGUAUUAGACGGCUUAUAAUGAUUGCAGACACCGUAUAUUCUCUAUUAUAAGCACAGGUCUCCAUUACUAGCACACUGUGAGCACCUUUCGAAACAUUAUAAGCAGUCUCUAUUAUUAGCAAGGUCUUGGUGGAAAUCAAUGCUGCAUGCAUGAUAUCUAG